CUCAAGGACGCCAACAUGGAGGCCUCGGGGACUAUGGACUUCGUGUGCAGAGCGGCCAAGAUUAUGAACAGGACAAUACUAAUGACCGUCUUCCUGGCUUGCCUGUCGACGUUACCUGUCAUCAUGAUGAUAAUGGGAGUCCAAUACAUCCGCGACUGCCCCGCCGAGCCGCGGAUCCCGGUGUACAUGGUGGUGGGGGGUGCAGCAGGCGGCGCCGGCGUCUGCUGGCUGCUGUGGGCGCAGCUGGCCAGCAGGUCAUCCACCUCCGACGCCAGUGUGCCGGAGAAAAUACUCGCCUAUACCUUAACGGUGUUCCUCAUGGGAUGGUUCGGUUUCGGCAACCUCUGGACGCUGGGCAUCAUGUGGCCCGACUUCGCGCCGACGCUGUUUGAGCCGAACAAGUGGUGUCACCCGACGCUGUAUGUGUUCGCACUGACACAGCUGGGGGUGGUGUGGGGGGUGCUGGCACUGCUCGUGCUGCUGUUCCUGACGCUGGUGGUCUGCCAGGUAUUCGGUUGCGGCUGGCUCGGCCCGCCGCGGUACAAGUAGCAACGGCGGAGCGUUGUGCUAGAGCUCUGGCACCGCAACAUCAACAACACCAUGGACGUGGCCGGAGCCCUGCUGCCCUUCACGCAGCUCGCGCGCCCCGAGCUCACCAUCCACGUCCAGGAGGUGCUCACGCAAGCCGACAGAGACGCUAAAGUUAUCCCGCAGAUAAACGAACCGGAGAGUGUCAAUAAGGCCUGAUGGUUACUAGUGGUGUCGAAGCAUGUGCAUUUUGAGGCGCGCGAUCAGAUCUAUUACUUUUGAGUGUGCUUGCUCAAGUUUUUUUGCGGAGUUUAAAGACUUUUGAUGUUGCACGAGGAAUAAAAUGAUGUUUUCUUCUUUGCAGUAACAAUUAAGCAGAAGACCAGAAAGGACAAAACGGCGACGUUUAAAAUAUGAAUCCUUUGAGGAAAAGGAUCAAAUUUUUGCAUUAUUUUAAUUGAAAUCAUUGAGAUUUGAAAAAUUAAUGAUUAUUAAAUAAAAUUAUUAUGAGGGGACUUAAAAGGGGACAAGAAUGGAAGAAUCAUAUUAAAUUUCUUAGUUGAAAUUUUUGUUCUUCGUGUAAUUUCUAAGUGUUUCUGUAAGUUUUUCGUGGUAUCGAACACGAUAUGUAG